AUGAGUAAUUUUGAUCGAAAGGAACAGACAAAUUCGCAAGGAAAUUACGAAUUUCAAAUUGAUAAUGACACGACUUUAUUCAUAAAGCAGCAAAAUAACACUUUAAAUCAUGGCACCACAAUAUGGGAUUCUUCCAUUAUAACUGCACAAUACAUGCAACAACUUUUACGCUCUUCUGAUAAUUCAUUAAAAUCUAAGAGAUGCAUCGAAUUGGGAAGUGGAUGUGGUCUAUUGGGUUUAAUUAUGUGUUCCAUGGGAUUACAAACCACUUUAACGGAUCUAGAGACUGUGUUGGUGGAUGUUCUCCAAGACAAUGUUAAACACAACUUAUGGAUUUUAAAUCAGAAUAAGAAAGAGAACAAUUCUCUUUAUAGUGCGCAAGCAAAAAUUUUGGAUUGGACUAUAACCCAAUUAAUACCUCCGGAAUUUACACCACCUUAUGAUUAUAUAGUUGCGACCGAUUGUAUAUAUUCUUUAGAUCUAAUUUCUCAUUUUGUUCGAUGUUUAAACGAAUUAGCUAAUGAAAAGACUUUGAUCUUUUGUGGUUUGGAAAGAAGGGAUCCAUUUGUCGUUGAAACUUUUAUAAACGCGUGUAAAGGAGGUUUCUACGUGGUCAAAAUACCUGAAAAAAAAUUGAGAAAAAUGAUUUAUAAAAAUGCAAACAAUGAAAUCACUGUAGAAAUUUAUCGAUUAAAGAAAAUGAAAACUAUAAAUUAA